AUGCCUUCAAACUUCUACGCCAGCUUUAACGACACCUUUGUCCACGUCACGGAUCUGUUCGGCAAGGAAACCAUCGCCGUCAUCGGCGGCAUGAAGGUCAAGGAAGAGGGAAUCACAGCGCUGCACAUCAAGUUACGUGGACCUGGUGAAAACCGCACCAAUUCCCUGGGACCGGGUCACCAAUCGGCGCUUCGUUUCUUGGCACGUUCGUCGAUGAAGAUUGGUCACAUCAAGGAGGUGGCGCCUAUCCGCCGACGGUCGGAUUCAACCCGCCGGAAGGUCACCGCAGUCGUCUGUAUAGAUAGAGUGCUUGGGCUGGUAUUUUUGUGGCGCUGUGCGAUUUUCCAAUUCCGCUUGUAACAGCGGGUGGAGAUCCGGUGCAUUGCCAACCUGUACGAUCGACCGGUCUACCGGAAAGCGAUUUGGAAAAAUAAA